AUGGGCCAACAAUUCAGCCAGUUCUUCCCCCCAGCCCCCGCCUUCACGGAGACCUCCCUCCCCAACCUCAGCGGGAAAGUCUACAUCGUCACAGGCGCGUCAGCGGGUAUAGGAAAAGAGCUCUCGCGCCUCCUCUACACGCACAACGCGACGGUCUAUCUUGCCGGGCGGUCCGCUGAGAAAACGCACGCAGCGAUAUCCUGGAUCAAAGAAGCAUGCCCCGAAUCCAAGGGAAACUUACAAUACCUGCAUCUGGAUCUCGACGAUCUAUCCGGUAUCAAAGCCUCCGCCGAGUCGUUUCUCGCAAAAGAAUCGCGAUUGGAUGUUCUGUUUAACAACGCAGGCGUCAUGGUGCCCCCGGCUGGAAGCACAACGAAACAAGGCUAUGAGCUGCAACUCGGCACGAAUUGCGUAGCGCCCUUCCUCUUCACCAAGCUACUCACGCCGGUAUUGCUGGAAACAGCGAAGAAAGAGGCAAAAGGUAGUGUUAGGGUGAUUUGGGUGAGUUCAAUUGCGUCGCAGAUGAGCGCACCACCCGGCGGAGUGGAUAUGAGCAAUCUGGAGUAUACCAAGAAUGUGAAUAAUUGGACAAAGUAUGGUAUGAGUAAAGGCGGGAACGUAUUCCACGCCUUGGAGUAUCAGAGGAAGUAUGGCGGCGAGGGGAUUGUUAGUCUGGCGCUUAACCCGGGAAACCUCAAGUCGGAGCUUGCACGCAACAUGAACCCGUUGUUUGCUGGUCUCGCACCUGAGGCUGCGAAGCUCAAAGAGGGCGAGUGGGUUAUUCCAUGGGGAAGGGUUGGGACGCUGAAGAAGGAGUAUUGGUCUGAGGCGGGAAACAAGACGGCGAGGGCGUUUUGGGAGUGGAGUGAGAAGCAGGUGGAGCAGUAUGCUUGA